AUGCUGGCCGACAAGGGGACUGAAGUGGUAGUUAUUGGAUUUGGAAAGCCCGCGGAGUGCGUCACUUAUUCAGAAAAGAGUCUUCUGGUGCCCUACCCACUUUUGCCAAAAUGGAUCAGGAAUAGUGCCUAUCCCGACGCAGAGAUACAGGUAAGCCCGUUUAUUUAAUUUCAGUUCUCGGGACAAAAAUUGGCGAAGCACGUGUCUGGGCUUUGGCCAACAGCUGUACUGGGAGCAUGAUGAGUCACUUUCAAUGUGCUCUUCUAUAUCACUGAUUACCCCUUGACAACUUAUGAACGUCGUGCAGUAAUGACACUGCAAAUGAUGGAGUCAGGCUAAACUAUGGCGAACGUGAAAUGUUUUGACUCAGUGAUUUAGCUUGUGGUCCACAAGUUAAUUUUUGUGGAAAUGAAAAGACUAAGGUUCUAGUCUCCUUUGUCACUCUUCCCAAUGCUCCAGGGUGACUAACUAUUUAUGGUUAUGUAUCGAUGUGCGAUGGUUUUAGACCGGAUCCCGACUCAAAAUUGGGCCAGCCAGUAAACGUUGCAGCUGUUUGCAGUGUAUUUCUUGCGUCACCCAAGGUCCUCGUACGACAGGUUUUAAGAUUCGCAUUUGCCGGAGUUCUGACUGGACUGGACAAUUUUGCCGAAUUGAAGCGGAAAUCAUUCAGACUUGCUGUCCGUUGCCAUUAUGGACUAGUGGGACUUCAAACAAAGUGGCAUUUAUAAUAUUAUUAACAAUUUCCAAAGGCCCUAUAAUUAAAGGGGAUUGUAUACUACUGACUAAACUGUGCGCUGCAUUACAGGUCGUGUGACUGCUGGAAAAUGUUGCAACAGAAUCUCGUACAAGGAGUCAUUACAUAGCACGUCCUUUAGGGCAAUGAAAAGCGAUGCUAACGCAAGCGCCACAUCAGUCGGAAGCUAUCAAGGUUACCAGAGGGCAAAGCGGGAUGGCACUCUUAUUUUUCGAAUGCCUCAUUUGUGGUAACAUGUCCCGCAAUGGCUGAGUCAGAAGGAAGAGUUAUAGAAUUCUUCAAGAAACAUAACGAUGUAGGUCGUGGGUGUAAAAACCCGCGGGCACGAUCGAUUUACUCGAAUCUCAGGAGGAUGUCAUGUUAUUAUUGUACUUGUACUUGAUACGGCUGCGAUCAUGCCUGAUCUAGCCGGCCUCGAGGAUGUCCCGAACUGUACCUCUCCACGCGUGACGAUCUGCGGCAGAAGAUCUGGACAGCUCAACCCAUUCCCUUCGUCAACGACGUAGACCGAGUACUGAAGGUCCAAAAACCACUUCCAUGUCUUGACGAACUGUGUCGAGCCAGUUUUGAACUGAUCCCCUCUUCGACGCCUCCAAUUGGGCAGCGGUGCCAGAUCGAGGGCAGUUACACUGAGCUCCUGAGAUGGACGACGAAGAACAUGCCCGAACCACCUCAGUCGUCUUUCUUGGAUGGCCCGAGUUAUCCUUGAGAUCUUGUCGCAGCGAGCGCGGACUGCCUCAUUUGAGACGAAGUCGGUGAACUUCGCUCGAAGGAUGGUCCUCAAGCAGUGGUGGUCAAAUGCCUCCAGUUUUCGUCCUUCACGCGCACAGCCCAGCAUUCACAACCGUAAUGAUGGACAGACCGGACAGAUGCACGGUACACGCGAAUCUUAGUGGCGAUGGAGAGGUCGCGUUGGAUCCAUAGGCAUUUCCGAAGGCUUGAGAAAACCCAGUGGGCAGUAUCGAUUCGAGAAACAAUGUCGUCCUUACUCUGUCGAUUAGGCAGCAGCCUCGCCCCCAGGUAUUUAAAACUGUCUACUUCUUCCAGCUGACGGCGAUCAAUCCCGAGGGCUGCCUUCUCUUGGUCAGGGAUGCAGCUUGAAAGCACCUUGGCCUUUCAAGCGUUUAUGGAUAGACCGACCGAUGUAGCGACCUCGUUCACCCGUGACACCAUAGAAUGCAGAUCACCAAAACUUGAAGCAAGUAAGGCGAUAUCAUCGGCAUAGUCGAGAUCAGUCAGUCGAUGCCGGGUGCAAACUCAACGCCGUCACUCUCGGGUAGGACCCUCCCGAGGAUCCAGUCAGUAGCAUUGUUGAGCAAAAUGGGUGACGGGAUACAAUCCUGUCGGACGCCAGACCGAAUACCGAACGGUUGGGAAAAAUUGUUGCGGACCAGGACUCUCGCAGUAGUGGGGCGAUAGUAGGCCUUGAUUAUGGCGGUGAUUUUUGCCGGUACACCAUCUAGCGCCAUUAUCCGCCACAGGGACACGCGGUGAACGGAAUCGAACGCGGCGGCAAAGUCAAUGAAGCAGACGGCCGUCAGUUGUUGGUAGAUAUGGCGAAAUUUGAGAAUGCGCCUCAGUGUGAAUAUCUGGUCUGCGCAUCCACGUCCAGCACGAAAUCCGGCUUGGAUGGGCCUAGUCCUUGAGCCACGCACAGCCUGGAAUCGCCUGAGUAGGACAAUAGCAAAGAUGUUCGCAGCAACGUCGAUGAGACUUAUGCCGCGGUAGUUCUCGCAUCUCGUUUUAUCUCCCUUCUUGAGGAUAGGUACAGGGAUGCCUUAGCCCCAGUUAUCGGGAAAAACCUCGUCUCUCCACGCUCGUUCAAUCACCUCAUGGAGCCAGAGCGCCAGAGUAUCGACACAGACUUGAAGAUUUCAGCGGCUAUACCGUCCUCUCCGAGUGCCUUAUUGUUGCGCAACUUUCGUAUGGCAUCGGCGACUUCUCCUUCAGAGGGGGGAUAGCAUGGCACUGCAUAGGUAGAAGAGGGAAGAAACUCCACUGAAGAGGAGAGCAAGGGCGAUGUAGGUUGGGUAUCGAAGUUGAGAUGGUGCUCAAAGUGCUCACGCCAGCGCUCGACUUUGGCCGAGUUGUCAGCAAUAAAGCCGCCGUUUACAUCGGGAACAGAGUUACUUAGUGUAGAGGGCUUACCGCUAACUUGGCGGACCAGACGGUAGAGCUUUCGAGUGUCACCAACGUUCGAGGUCUGUCCCAUGGAAGUCGCUAUUUCAGCCCAAUAUUGCUUCCGGUCAUCCCUGGCCGAUUUUGCCGUCAUCUUCCGAAGUUGACGAAAGCAGUCAUCGUUGCGGGACCUGGCUCAAGUCGUCUGAGAAGACAACUGCAAGAUUCUUCCGCUGAUCCAGUCACUGCGGCGUCGCUGGGUGUAUCCAAGGAUUUUCUCAGCUGCCCCAUAGACUGAAGUCUUCAGUGACGACCACUGGUUACUGACUUCUCCGUCGGCUCGGGUCGUAAAACAGGUCCGGAUAUCUCUGCUUAGGACUUCAGCAGUGCUGGCUUGCCGGAUUUUUGUGACAUCGAGGCGUCUAGGGCGUGAUAUAUUUGGCGCGGAUGGGAGAUGAACUUUCAAGCACGUACGGACAAGGACAUGGUCCGACCCAUGGGCGUUACCAGUCUCGGCACCCCGCAUCGAUCUGCUAUCGUGAACCCAGCUGCGGAACCUUGAGCUGACUAGUAUGUAGUCAAUCUGACUGGCCGUAUGACCAUCGUUUGAAUACCAGGUCAGCAGAUGUUUUUUUCGAUGCUGGAAACAUGCGUUGGUGACAAGCAGUCGGUUUCGAUCAGCGAAGUUCAGCAAUCUCAUAUUAUAUGAGAGUAUAUUGUCCUGGUAUGUGCUGAUUUCUGAACGGAAUUGACAAUUAUUUCCGUUCUAUCUCGCAGAAAGUGGGCGGGGAAAUGACCAAUACAUAAAAAGUGAGACAUUAAUGAAAAGUUCUGGCUUAUCUGAUAGUCCUUACAAACUGUCAGCCAAAACCAAAGCUACACACCAAGGCCACGUCAUCCCUCCCCAUUGUUAGUUUAUUACGAAAGUCAGGUGCUGAUAUUUAGACUGAUGUAUCAGCGACUGGUGUCGGCAAAUAUAUCAGAGAAUGAUCAUGUCAGAGUGUCCGACUGAUACUUUUAACAGGCCUACGUAAUCGCCUGUGGAAAGUUCGGAGAACGCCUUCGAAGGCAAGAAGGAAAUGUCAAUUCUCGUUGUCUAAUCCGGGUGAUCGUUCACUUCAUUGGAUAUAUGUAACUAAUUUCGUCCUACGUGACGUGAUUCCGUAGAGCAGUAGUUGUGACGUCGUGCGGUGGUUAAGUAACUUGGAUUUGAACCGGACUGUGUAGCCGGUGGUUAAAAUAUCAUUGGCUUGUGACGAGCAAAACACCGGAAAUGGUUAUCCCUGUUCCCUGUCUGACAGUCUUUCCUUAUUCGCAUGCGGAGCAAACUCGCACAGAGCACAAUACUUGCGUUAUUGGAUUUGGCUCUCGACUGGAGUGCUAUCCGAGAUCUGUCUUGCCUUAUCAAAUGACCUCAGGGGUUUAUCGUGACGUAUUUUUAGUUAUACUGAUUUCAAACUGUCCGAUGGGAUCUGUUACGUCGUGUUAAACUGAGCUCUAGUUAGGAAGGUGACUUCAAGACAGAAGGUUUCACAAGACUCGUUGCUCUGAUCAUUGUUGUUUUCGGCCUUCGUCGACUAGGCAACUAAACAAUACGGUUACAUCGUAGAAUCGGAAAUUGAAUUUGAGCCUUCUAACACCACAGAGGGAGACAAACUUCUCUACGAAGAACUAAUACGUCCAAUGAUAACCAAAACUACUCACUGAUGGUCGGAUGCUACUCCUUAAGUGGGUCCCAGGAUUUUUUGAUUGCCAACUAUAGUGCCAACCGACUUUGAACAAGCGCGCUCAAGUGUCGAACCCAUAGUAUCCAUGAACUGAAAUUGACAGUCUUGAAAUAAGAACGCACAUUUUUUGCAGCACCUGUAUAACCAUAGUCAGCUCGGUCACAAGAUAUUCAUUUGCAGCGUGCAUUUAGAAGCUGAGGUCGUGUCAACGGUAUGCUGGGCGUCCGAUUACAGGCUUUAUUGAGAUAAUACUGAAGAACUGCAUUCUUUGGAAACGGGCCGCUCAUUCUUCGCGGAUAAAGGACGAGACUGCCAACAAUCAAAAGCGAGUAGAAUGCCACGCUCCACCAAACCGAACGAAAGGAAUAAGGUGUAGAUAUAAUUUGAAACGGUCGUAGUUAAGGGAGAUUUUGACGACCAUAUUCCGGAGCCCUUUCCCAAACUCUGUACACUUUGGAGAUCAAUCUUGCGCCGUAACAGCCAGGCGUCCAUUCAUUUAGAAUCAAUUGCGACUGUUGGUCCGAGUGCAGCUUACCGCAGUCCUAGAAUAGGAAUUGGGAACACCAUGAUCGAACGGUCUUUGCUGGUAUUGCUCAGAGGCAGAACUAGGAGACGGAAACCUUCGUAUUCUGUUCAGUAUCGGGCAACCUAAAUAACCAAGUGUCGUUAAAAGAGUAAGUUAUACACGAGAACGCACUACCAAACGACGGCCAGUCGUCAGGAAGCGAAACCCAUCAUACUGUCCCUCACUCUCGCAGUCUCUCAGCCACCACCACAAACCUCUUCAUUCCAGCAGCUUACUGAUAACAUUGGUUCGCCAGCCUACGUGUUUCUAACAUUCAAGAAUACGUGAAACGCUUUAUGCUUCCGCCGUAAGGCCAUGUUAUCUAUAGACUAUCCCAUUCUGCCGAUUGCCUUAAUGGGUAACCUGUUGUCAUUCCACGACUGGACUUGUUGUAACUACUUUCCUUACGUAGGUAGUUUGCUGUUACAAAAUGAAAAUAUUGACAGCAGUUAUGGAGCCCAGGAUACUUUGUUUGAGAUUUUUUGAAGCUGUAAAAUUUUGAAGAAGUGAAUGGACAGGGGGAGUGAUAUGCAUGGACUCGCGUCAGUCGGUUACAGCCGUAUGAACGUUUGACAGGUGCUCGUCAAAGAUGCAGUAGCACAUCCAACGUUUCACCUCUUCUUAGGUGCCCGUACAUUCAGCAGACACCUUUAUUUGUACUUUGUAUAGGGUAACCUGCUGUCAUUCUCGAAAGCACCCCCAAAAAAUCAGGCGACCUUUCAAUGCAGAUACCAUCACCACAACCUCUCGAUUACUAAGGAGUUCAACUUCAAAGUCUAUGGUAGGUGCCUGUUGUACCUCUUCGGCACUUCACAGUGACAUUCUUGCAUAAGUUGAAGGAAUUGACUGUUAUCAUCUACGUCUUAGUGUUAUAUUGCAUGAUAUUUGACGCACGUUACUCAGUGUAUCAGGGCGGAAGACAGCCGAUCGGUGUCUAGUUUGCAAACAAAAGACCUGUCGUGCAUAUUAUUAGAGAAUUACUCGUCGAAUUUUAUGAGGACCUCCUCGGUUCGCGCAUGGGAUGUGAAAACACAGAUGACCUUUUUGGUUGAGAAGGGAUUCGAAGCAGAGCAAUGGGGUUUUGAAAGGGUCUCAGCCCGCCUAAAGCCGUAAUAGAAAUGAACGCGCUGUCCACUGCAUGUGGUACUAUCGGGAGGAAAAAGAAUAAGAGUACAAUGCGUCUUUUGCAGCAAAAGAUUUUGGGGAUGAGAAUGUGGAUGAGGUUACAGUUGGGGGUAGAGAACACGACGGGUCAGGAAACAGAUGCGAUGGAGCGUGAAAGUGUGGGGAAAGGGGUGAGCGCCGGAAGUAGGAAAGGCUUUUGCAACUACGAUCUGGGGGCAUUUGUUAUUGUUGCAGACCAAGCGGUUCGUCUGAAAUAGCAAUUCUGACCCGGUCGAUGAUAACCACAUCCGCCAUGUCACUGUGAAAGAUCCGGCAGGUCGUGGGUGUCCAGAAGGGUCAUUCAUAUGGCGAUUCCAACAGGUUGCGCACACGGUCAAAUCGAAAGGGCACUUGACUCUUAUUGGCAAGACCUUUUACGCCAUAGCAUUCGGUCAGCGGAGGUCGAGAACGAACAGGGGAAGCAGGCGCAUAAAUUGACACGGCCGGUUGCAGAAGAUCAUCAGGACCAACGUCUCCACCGUGAAAAGAUGGAGCAACCAUCUUGCCUGGCAGUUGGAGAGUAGUGCCAAAAACCAAGUGGAUUGCGCUGCAGGCCAGACCCGACCUCAUUGUCGCGGGAAUGUCCAGUACAAGGCGCAGACAGUCGGACCAGUUUGCUGUGGCCUCUGGGACACGCAGAGCGGAUCUUAGUAGACGUUGGGAAUGUUCGACCACGCCGCCAUCUGAUGGAUGGUAGGCUGUUGAGGAGGGCCUAGAACAGAGAGAACUCGUACCGGGCAGACUCGGACAGUUACCCCAGAAGGGACAGCAAAUUGAUGACCCAAAGACUGAUUGACUUGCAGUCAGUGUAGCUGAUGUCGGUGGGGAAUCGGACGCGAGCUUCCGCGGCUUAAAAUUCGUGGUAGUGGAAAAGUCACAAUAUCCGUGGAAGUGUUGGAAACGCUUCCUGGCCAAGAAGAUGGUGGACAGUUCACCGCCAAACAUACUCUAGCACAUCUCAGUGGGCGAAACUUUCUUCUAAAUGAAGGCUUAUUAUCGGGUCAUGCCAGCAAGACGCCGUUGAAAGACGGUGCCUAGGGCUACAGUCAAAUUGCCGACUAUCAGUGACAAAGAAGCUUUGGAAGCGGGAUUCGUCGGCAAGGUAGCGUUCGCCAGGAGAACCGUGAUUCCCUCAAAAAACGUCAAUGGUUCAUCUGUGUGCCCCAGGUGAUUCUUAAGAAAAGAAAGCAUGUUGAUUAGCGGUAACAUGAGGCCAGCACAGUUCAGUAGGGACCGGCGGUAAAAGUUUACCAUACCAAGUAAACGUCGAAACUGACGGCUGGUGGUCGGUAGAGGGAAGUCACAAAUUAUUUCAACCUGGGAGAGUGGAGAACGUAAACCUUCAGAGGUACCGCGGUGGCUAAGGGAUUCGAGAUAAGUCAGCCGAAAACGUUCUUGGAUGAGUUGAUGUUGAUGCCGUACACACCGAGACGGUCAAAAAUCAAGACGAGAUGAUCCUUGUGUUCUUCAGCAUUCUGACUAGUCACCAAAAUAUCAUCUAUGCAGGCGUACACAAAUAGCAGACCAUGUAUGACGUGGUCGCCAAACCGGCGUCUAGGUUGCAAUGUGGUUGCCAAAGGGCAUGCGCAUGAGUUCGAGCAGGCCGAAAAGAGUAGUGAAGACAGUUUUUGGAGCUGGCGUUCUCACUAGGCAAGUGUCAGCUAAAAUACGUAGAACCGGUCGGUGAAGUGGGAAAUAUCGAUCGGCAUCGGGGCGCCGUAGAUCAGGAGUUAAGGCACCCAUCCUAUGCAGACCAACGGCGGCAUAAGCAAACGGUGGUACUGAGGAACGUGAGAGCGGUUAGCUACAGCGCCUCCCAGUGUCCUCUGGGACGCCCAGGCGAACGGAAGAUCGACUGCGUAGGUAUAAAACAUCAGGCCUGGCAGUCAUUGCUAUUUUCAAUACUGAUGAGGCGAGAAUACCUACUAAGAGGAAAAUAAAACAUUUGAAUUCGUCGUUGAUCCAAUUUUUGACUACUUUAGAACCAUGGCAAAUCCUCCCAGCUGAGCAGGAAGCAAAAUGUACUAUACUCAAAUUUGGCGAACCAUAUAACGAAACCUGUUCUCCGAAAAACCUUGUUCACGACGGGAUCCAUGUGACAGCGAAUUUCUCCGAUCUGUAUGUGGAGCGGCACGCCAAUGCUGAACUUCGCUUGAACGUGAAAGGCAACCAAGUGACAUGCAAUUCGCCGAAAAAGUGGGCCUGCUUUACGCUGACUUGCAACAUUUUCGUAGACAACAUUCGGCUGCCUCCGAUCCGGCAGACCCGGUGUUAUAUUGGUACGCUGCUAAACGCUUUCCUUCAUUCUGAUGAAAUGAUUUUAGUAGCAGGAGAUAAUAAUUACAGUUUCAUAACUUUUUCAGGCAAAUUCUGGUACCUGAGAUGGUGUAAUAAUGGCACAUCCAUAAGGUCCCAAGUAAGGUUAACUCAUUCACUCGUACGAUUAAGUGUCUUCGAAAUUAAAAACGGAGAGCAGUAGUAUGUUCUGGCAGAAAACCAUGUUUGGUUUUACGGACUUUCUUGACGGGGGACAGUUACGACGCGGGACAUUCGGGGCCGUCAACUAUCGCCGCGGCCGACGAAGAGGGGCGGGAUCCAGGUCCCGGUGACAUGCGGGUCGGAUGCAGCAACACAGGCGCCAUUGGCGGGCCAUGCAUCGAACAAAGUGCGCCAUAUGAGGAAAGCUGUGUGCAUGACUUCCCAAUCUCUGAAGAUGGGUAGAAGAAACGACUACUCGAAACGCCAGACCUCCAGUACACCUCUCCCGGUGAACGCCUCCUUUUAUUUUGAUGUUUGGAAGUAUUUAUACAAAAUCGUCUUCGCAGGAAUGUACUGAUUGAGUCAGGCGUAUAAAUUAUAAGAGAAGUUCGGUUGCCUACCGUCCGGCAGACCUGCUGUUGUAUUGGUACGCUUAUCAACGCUUUCAUUCAUUUAGCAGUUUAUACUUACAGUUUCAUAACUUUAUCAUGCAGACACCGAUAUCAGUUACGGUUCAGUAAGGGCGUAUUUAAAAAGUCCAAGGUAGGUUUUACUCCUGGUCUUGGCGAUAGAACUCGGCCUCUCUGGGCUCCACUACACACAUCAUGCGGUGCAAAUUUGCCUCCGGAUGAGAGACGCGCAUCCUGCGCUGCUGGAGCCGGAGCAUGUGUCAGAGCAGCUGGAGCGAGGACAUGUAUGCGUCGGUCUCCAAUCUGAUUGGUCAGUUUUCAUAGCUGUGACUGGUCCAACACCAGCCAGAGUCUCGGUUUCGGGGAGUAGUGGCCAGACGCGAUGGCAGUCCGAUAUCAGAAUGUCCGGUGAAGGACUGCCGCCUGUGCGCACGGGCAAGUAUGCGCCGGAGACAGUGUUGCAACAGGCAGCCAAAUUAGGGUCGCUGCAUAACAACGCAAGGAUAUCCUCGUGCGUGGAUGGUCGUCGAGCUUCCAUCCAACUGCAUGGACAAACAGGGUGCGACGGUACAGCUGCGGUAGGGUGGGUCUCCGUCCCCUGACAUCCCGGCUUUUUAAGGCUGCCUAAAGAAGCCUACUAAAAACUGAUAAAAAGACAAUGCACAUUAAUGUGACUUGGAGGCGCCGGAAAAAAAGAGUGCGUGAACAAAUACCGGCCUGGCUAGGUAGAGGUGAAAAAAAUCGAUUUCCAGUUCUAUUCCCGCACAUCUUGUCGAUACAAAUCACCGACUCGAUGCCAAAGAAGUCUUUCAGGGUGUCUACCGGACACUAGCAAGCUUCUCCAGAGGCCAACGCCAAGGGGUGCUAGCUACAGCAGAGGCAGGGGCUAUACGGCUAGCCAAUCCAGUGCUAUGUUAUCGGAAGACGUUGACACAGGCGCUCUGUCUUUUGUGGCCAACGCUGACCUUAGAUGCUGAUUGCACGUCGCCCCAACCUCCUGAUGACAGUGGUGUGUGCUCAACGUACCCUACUUACAACCAUCACUCAUAGUCUAUGUUACAUCUCCCCCUCGCCCCCUUGACCCAAUGACCAUAACACGCCAACCACGCCAUAAAUCGCCUCUCCAGGCAGGCGGCGUAGGAACGAUGAGUGUUAAUAACUCCUGAAUCACUUAAAAACCCUCUAACUUCGCCUAUUUAAAUGUAACUGUUUUGGCAUGAUUACGAGUUACCGAACACACGUGUUUGCAAAAUUUGCGUUUCAAAAAGACAAUAGUUUUGCAAUAAAACAGAAUCAUUUGUUUCUUCCGAAUGCUAACUAUCAGAAGUCUUACUUUCCUUGAUGACCACUAUAAUGUGAAAAUUUUUAUAAAUAGUUUAAGUAAACGACUGCUUUUAUAGAGAUCUUAGAUAGUACUUAAAAAUAUACGUGUCAUUUACGCUGAGAUUUCCUAGCUACGAAGACUGACUCUGAAGCAACUGCAAACUGUCUCGAUCGAAAACCAUCCAUACACUGUCCGUGAGAUUGCUUUAGAUUCUGCUCUAUGGUUAAAGGUGUAAGACGUUUAUUUGAUUGGUAAAACAUCUGAAAAUAUGUUCAGGGAUGCCCCAGUAUAGCAUGAGUUUCAAAGUAGACAGUAUAAAUCACCACGGUGGCCAGUAGUGGUAGAAAUGUUCAGCUUCGGUGCUUUAACACCAAUCGAUUGCACAGGAAUUUUAGUCUUUCAUAAUUUAUUCACUGGGUGUUGGUUAACCUAUGAGGGACGGAAUGUAACUUCACUGUUUGAAAAGACAUGAGGAAAAGUCAACUAAAGUCGCUGAUGGUUGAUUUUUGUGAGGUAGAAUUACGUCUUAGCCAUGAAUUGAUCCGUUAUAUAUCAGUCUUACGUGACUAGUUGGCCUCUUGAAGCACCUCUAGGCCGCUUAAACUUUUCGCUGAUGAAUGACCAAACGGUAAGCUAUAUAUCAGGACAGUUAUUCAAAAGCCGUGCAGCCGCUUGUGGGAAAUGCCGCUUCACUUAGACAGAAAAUUGUGGUGUACUGAAUCCCACAGUUAUCACGGGAUCGCCCCACCUUGCUUCGCGGUUCCUCUCUUCCCACCCUUACAACUGCAGUGCUUUAACUUCCUGCAUACUGCAGACUUGGGCAGGUCAUUUAGGGCAGUCAGCUAAAGGUGCUUCCGGUCGUCGUUGUGAAAGUUGCCCGCUGCUCAUGAUUUGCAGAUAGAAGAUCUCCAGUGAACAAAAAGUCAACAUGUUAGAAAGACUGGGGGUUCAGAGUGAUAAGUUGAGAGGGCGAAAUGACCCACCGGAACAGAUUUACAAUACUGCUGAUUUUACAGAAAGCUGGUCAUAAAAAAACUGUCAAAGCACUGAAUGCAACAAAUUGCGCUUAGUUCUUCGUCUAACGAGUUCGUUGUGAAAAAUCGUCUUGUCAGUUUUCUCAAAUUCAUUCUGACCAUCACGUCUUAGUUUCUGCGCAGGCCGUAGACGCAGGACUGUGGUAGCCAGAAGAAGCUCGAGGUGCUUGUUGGUGGAAUCGACAUCUGAAAAGCACGUCUAACUGGUGCCGUUAGGUCCAUGAUUUACCUCGGCCUAAGGUAGUCGGUCCUUGAGGGUCAAAAAUAUGACCAGUCUCUUCAAUGCGCAUUGCAAGCUGCGAGUUUGCGUUUAGCUUACACGUUGGCGAUUUGUGUUCAUUUAGGCGGGUCUCCGAUUUUCAUCCGCUUCUAUUCGUUGCAGGAUCGCUUCACCGAUUACGCCUGAUAGGAGAUGGCCGCUACCCGUGCCUUUGAUUUGUUCCUACAUCUGUGCAUCACAAGCGAAGUAAGAUUUAGAGCAGUGUCACAGAAAUCGAAGGACUCUACUGGCCUGUAUUUCUAAUCGUGGCUUUCAGCCAGUAGUUGAUUAUGGAUUCAUUCCAGUCAAAUGUUAGGUGUGUGGUAAAUGGAUUUAUUGACGGGAGCUAUUGCUGUUGCCGAGCAUUUGACUAGAAAUUUAAGGCGAUAAAACCCCUUUUUGGAUUACCUUAACUGUGUUGGCAUUGGGGCAUAUUCUAGUUAGUUUACACUGUCAACCAACAAGCCUGAUCACACUUUCUUUUUAUUCGCCACUAUGGUUCGAAGACAUGGGGCGUGUCUUCAUGGAUUCCCACCCGAACAUCAUGGCGAAAGGAUCAACUCUGCUAUGUCGUUGCACAGCCGAUCCGCUUCAUUACGUGCAUAUGGAAUGGACUGCCACAAGCAGUACCGGGGCGAAAUUCCCAAUGAGCGGAUAUGUAAGUUUUUGAACGUUUAUUAAACACCACCCUUACACAAUUGGAAGAUGUUUCUGUCAUUGGCGUCCUCUAUUUCACAUAGAAUCGUCCCAAACCCGUAAGGGCCUGACGACGAAGAGCAUAAAAUAGCUUCAUAUUAAUUACAGGAUACAACUUUCUGCCCAAGCGUUUUUCGUGGGUCGACAGUCCAGCAUAUUUCUUCACUGCUUGUUUUUCUCAGAUACCGACACUUGCACACUGUCGUAAGCAGGAGAAUGACAAAUGUACGAGUCAAGGUCUCCAAUCUGCGGUUUAGCAUGGUACAUAUCACUGCUGAAUUUCCAUGGUUUCUAGAUUUUGAAUAUCAAGACGAUGGAUAGUGGCAACUUACGGAUCACGUUUGUAUAAAAUUAUGAACUUGGCCGGAAUUCGGCCGUGCUAACUGGGAGUAUGACAGGUGGAGAAAAGUCUCAGGGUCUCCUAGGAAAAAUAAUGAUAAUGGUCAGGCAGUAUAGACCCAAAGAAGGCAACACUAUUGCUGAAGCAAGAAGUUGAGAUGUCAGACGUGUCGGAUUCAGACUAGAACCCACGUUCAGAGACAGUAACACAUGAGGAUGUUGAACAAAUAAUCGGCUGAUUCACAAACGUCGGGCGGAUAAAAGUAUGGUUCUAGAGAUCGCAUUCACUUCUUCUCAAAUAUUUCUUGCAGCAUAUCGUUUUGCUUGUUUCACCUGCAGAAUCAGUCCCACUGUGUCCUCCCUUGUGAAAGUAAUUAUACCUGCAAUGCAAAUCCUUUACAAUAAAAUUCGAAUACCUAUGCUUGAAGACAUGUUUAACUUCCCCUGCAGAGGACUAAUGAAUGACAUUUUCUUUUAGAAUGUUAAACUACAAAAUCGUUCUUUCUCAUUCUUUUGCUCAUCCUUAGGGUUUCUACGGCAUUAUUCCUCCUUACCUCCCUGGCAUUAACGCUUCGGUGUCAUGCAGGGCCUAUUUUCUCAUUAAUGGAGAACAAAUCACAAUUGGAGUAGCUACUACCUCCGUUCUGCUCACCAGUAAGUUUCUCCGCUUCGGCAGGCAAGCUGAUUCCCGCUGUUAAUCUUGCUUUUGUAUACCACGGGAAUGAGCACCUCCGUAAUACAAAGAGCCUAACACCAAAUGUCAGGAGGGGCGUUAGGUGCAGGGUCAGUGUCAUGGUCACAGCCAGAACACGGGAAGGGGUAGCCCCUGGAAUCUAACCCAAAGCCUUUUACGAAGCGUUCGGGUACUUAUUUCAGUGUCCAAACCCAAAGCUCAGUCGAACGUUUAAUCACCUUGUUCCAGGUUUUAUUCGUUCAAGCCACAGUCAGUUGGAGAACGUCAACUGUGUCCCAAUUGACUGAAUAACGUACGGCGUGGUAAAUGUAUGCAAACAAUAUGCGCCGAUGCAGAUGGUGACCCCCAAGCUUGUAGGUCGAAGCAAAAAGGCGAGGAUCGGGAAUCAGUUCAGAAGAAGAAGAUUCUAUCGUUGAAACACGAAGAUAAUGAGCCUGACAUUUUGGAUAUGCACUCUAAAUAUUAUCGGAGGCAGUCGCGGUAAGGAGUAGUGGAUACACGCAACUACAGUGCGUGACCUAACUCACGAAAGCUGUCAAAAGUUGCGAAUGAUUGUCAAUCACUCGCAAACCGACACCAUUUCGUGAGUCUGAUGUCUAUGAUAAGUAAGUACAAGUUUAAAAGAAUUAAAAAUACAAAAGAGAUAUUAAAGGUAGUGGUGCGUUGUUUAGAAAUGCCGAUUUUGUAGAAAAGCGCAAUAUCCCGAAAACACCAAAAAUGGCUGUAGUUUAGUAAACUUCGUCUUUACAUAUAAAGAAUGCAUUCUCAUACAAAAGCGUAGUAAAUAUGUAACUGCAAAUAAAAUAACUUUUAAUAAUAGUGUUUCAGUGAAGUUUACUUCUAAAUAUCGUCUAAGAACAAGUUUGAUUUCAUAUAUGGCGGUUUUUCAAAAGCCUAAAUCCUGCGUAUAGAUUCCAAAAUAAUUUUCCAGGGAUUUGUGGUAUUCUUGACUCGCUUGAGUUGAAUGAGAUGGGGUUCAACAAGAGAAAAGGGAUUUUGCUUGAUUUCACCGUAUGGACACAAAGGAAACUGAGACCUUUGCAAGUGCCACUGAGGGUCCAAUUCCCACAGAACUGAAUGCAACUUCCGAGUCUCACUCAGUCGAUCGCCAAAGUCACUAUAUAGCCCAAAAUAACUGCUUAAACCUUGAUCGAACGUUUUUCGACCAUCAGUUCCAGAGGACUGCCAUGAACUGCCUAUAUCGGCGUGCUGAUUGAACCAGAGGAAGAAGUUUCAGAAUCACAAUAAAGUUAAAGGCUGCUCAAGAAAAUGGCUACCCACCCAACUUCGUCAACAGGUGCAUACACAAACGAUACGAGACUGAAUCACACCGUUCGCCAAUUUCGCAGGCGCCUUCCUACGCGAUGAACGUCUGGGAAGGCUUUGUCGCUUUCUCACACAACUCAGAGAUUUACUUACGCACAAAAGAGGAGGCAACUGUCAGGGACCAAGCUAAGGGUCAAAAAACCCACCGCCAAGGCAGGAAACAUCCGAAAUCGUUUAUUACAUCUGGCGUUGCUGCGAACAAAGCAACUUUGCCAGAGAAACUUGAAGAUUACUUUUUUUGCAAAUGACCGAGCAUGCAGCAACAGUGAAAAUAAAUAAUCCUAACUCCCAGAUCGUGGUUCUUUCGGUGAAGGCCGGCCAUACCUUCAAGUUUGACGAGGCCAAAACUCUCGUAAGAGGGGACAGUCGCGUAAGUCUCCGGUCCACUCUCAAUUAGUAGGCACAAUCAUCUCCCGUCUCUUGAGAGUUUUCGGUAGUGUUUUAUAUUACUGCAAUGCUUCUUGUCAAAAACCCGAAUCAAUACUUUGCAAUGGUUUGGUGCUAGUACGCACACACGCAGAAUACUCCUGCCCAGUUAGCAACCACCUCCGGCAAACCCUCCUUCUUCCUCCGUCUCUCGGAGUAUUGUCGAUUGGGCGAUAUCAAUCCUACGGCUUGUCUGUCGAAUAUAAGCUGUCUUCUCAACAAACAAUUUCACCCUGCAACCGUAGAGUGCGGAGGCCGGUAAUUAUCUCAUAACGACACCUCUAACAAUUUUCCGCAUUAACCCUGCGGUUUAUCUAUGCUAGAUCCAAAUUACCCACCACUUCCCAUACAACACACAUUAUGCUCUUGUAGACAUGCUGAAUGUGGAUCUGAUUUACAAGAGUGAUGAGGGCAUAUCUCCAGGUGAGACGGUAAGCUGCGUGGAGCCCGCAAACAUUUUUCUGCCCGGAGAUGCAGAAUGGAACGGGUUCAGGCUGCAGGGCAAACAGACAGCUCAGGUGCCAGACCAAAUGCACGCGGCUUCUUACCUGAUCGGCUGCGAGGUACGAGACGAGGAGGACUGGGCGAGGCAGAUUUACAACCUGCCAAUUAUCGGUAGGUCCAUCAAUGCAAGACUGAUCUUGGAAUGCAAAGUAAUUAGCUUUUGCCCAACCAUCCAUCGUCUCGCGGUCGCUGAUUGCUUCACUGUCAGCCGGCUCCGUGCCAGUCGGCUAACCGUGUGCACUUUGGGCAUGGACAGUUCGGGCUUUACUGUCUCUCUCAGAAGAUGUGGGGACCAUAGUAGACCAGUGCCUUUAACUGGAAUCUUAGCGAAGUUGUUAGUCAAAUGCUCGCGCCUGCUUUUAAGUUUCACGCAAUAGCGUAGUGCGACUGACAGGACUUCGGAUUCUCAUCAUGUUCGACGAAAUGUACAACAAAUGGUUGGCUUUAGUGUCCCUAACAGGGCAGACUUCGAACUUAGAUCUCCGAUUUACUCAUUGGUUGUUCAUUAAUUUCCUCAUUUGGAAAAGGUCGAAGUCAAAACAUGACUUUUGCAGUUUCACCAUAGUUCCUAGAUGGCGCAGAAGUUGACAUAGGCCAGAGAUAGUAGAGCAACCAUUUUGAUUUGAAGCUCCUAUUCCCAAAUGAGGAAGCACUACUGAGUUGUUUUCUUAUGGAAGCACAUUUAAAGCACGUGAGAAAAGAGUUUAAUUUAGUAACGGACUCCAAGACAAUCUGUAUCCUGCAAAAAUCUCCAGGCAGGCGGUAUUCCUGAGUUCUGUUAUCGUGCAGACUAUGCUCUUUUAUUACACGGUAACAAGUACAACGAGUUAGCAGCCAAUACUAUGUCGUGGAUUACUUGUAUAUCUUGCGAAUAAAGGGUCCCGCCCUGUGACUGUGGGCUAAACACUUUUCUGAAAUAAAGCAAACUGAUGUGACUGGGAGUACUUGCAGAAGAGAACGAAGGGUUACUCAAAACCUUUGCGUUCUAUGGUCCUUUUUGUCAACAUUGCGGAGGCACUGGCUUUGUUAAGCCAACGCUUAGCAUGAAAUCUCGCAAUUGUCUCACUUAGCCCUCUCUGUCUGCAACACCGCCUUAAACAUGCGCUUACCGCGAGACCGCGUUGAAUCCUCCCCCCACAAUAAGUUCAAUUAGUGAUCUCAAAUUUUUCUUAAAACAUUGUAACGCAUUCCUGUCGAAAAUAUGUCCUGCUUUUUUAUAAUAACCAUCUACUAAAAUUAACUGGAACCAUGAAUCAACCACAGCCUAUGUAAUAUUCGACAAUUUUGUAAGAGAGAUGGUCCGCAUGAUGUUAGGAACUUAAUGUUAUAGUCAGAACGCGAAGUGCAUUAAAUAGCCAGCAUCGGACUUCGAGCACUAAACUACUUCGGUCGUAUCAGUAUGCCUUCUCUGUCCACAAUUCACUGGGCAACGGCAAUAGCUGCACGUAUUACGGCAUCUUUUGUUCUGUUUGAUCGACCAAUGGCCUGAAGGUUUCGAUAUCUUUCUAAUCAUGUUUUUGUUUCUUUUCGAAGUUCGCGAGCCCGAAAUACAUCUCUCCAGUGCAAAGGUAACCGUGAAUGAGAAGUUCCGCUGCUACGGCAUCGGUUUCUAUUCUCUCCACUACCGAUAUAAAGUCAGGAAUUUGAAGCCAUAUGCCUAUGGAGAGUACUGUCCCGCUGCUGAGCGCGACGACGGAAUUUUGAAAUUCCAUUCUAUCUGCCCACUCGGAUUGCAGAAGAUUGAGUGCACAGUCCACGGCGAUGCGGAAUACGGUAUACCCGAGACGUCUCGGGUUUUAGAGAUAAACCUCCUUGGUAAGUGGCGGCGGCAGGCAUCACAGCCUGCUGCUUACAAGCUUGCAUGCUAACUAAGGCAAACGAAGGUAGAUAAAGCAAGACCUUGUCUGACUUUAAAAAUAGGCUGUUUACGUCUAAAACCAACUUUAGCGACGACCAUGUCUGGUUUUAGAACGGAGUGCGUACGUUCCAGUGUGACUCAGGCCACAAAUCUCUGGUGCUGGAAUCAUUGAAAAAAUCACUUAUCUAUGAGCGUUAAGCAAAAACUUGGUCAGCUGGAUCAUCAGCAACUGUGAGCAGUUUCUUUAAUGUAGUUAACUAUAAUCCAAUGUAUGACAUCGGGCGGGAGUCGGCCAACUUUGCUAUGGGAGUUUGUCGUAAAGCAGGGUAUCGUGAAAAAAAUUCGUCAGUUUGAUCACUGUUAAAUUCACAGGAAGCAGUGUUAUCAUGCCAACGAAGGCGCGAUUACUUGGGCGGCAGUCUGAAAACGUAAGUAAAAACUACUUUAUCAGACUGCUGACGUCACAAAGGGCACAGUCUACUGUUCAUUUUAAGGUCAUUGCUACGUAAUCUACAAGCUGAAGUUCACAAACCUUUUAAAAUUGGUCGGUUUUGUAAAUAUUGAUUUUCAGCAAGCUCCUAAACGGGUACCUGGUACCUUCCAUUCAAGAUUACUAAAUUUUAACGAUCAAGUCAUUCCAUAAUGUCUUACGCAAUCACAAGAACGCGUCCAUAGUAUCUCCCCUCUCAGAUGUUAUCAUAAAUCAUUAAUUUUUGUAUGUUUAUGCGUAAGCACUGUGGGAAUUUUCGAAUCUUCAUUUCCCGGCAAAUUCGCGCAUACUAUGUUACUUGAUGUGACGCAACAUCCCAUAUCAGACUUUUGCAUGCUAUAAACAAAAUGCGGUCAGAUGUGGCUAUCUAGCGCACCUGAGGUAAACAAACCCCAGCCGCCUGUAAUACGGAACAGGUGAUAAUAGGGUAUUUUAUAGUUGGGGCCGGAAAACGCACAUGUGAUGAGGUCAAGUAAUUGUAUGCAGAAAAGGAGCUAUUGGAAAUGUCCGGUUGUGCUUUGAGUGGUUGAGAAGAAAUUGCUUAAUCCCUAACACUAAUUCCUAACCCUAACCCCUAACUAAGUAGGCCAAUAGUAUUGUGUCCAUCAUGUGCGGCUACAUAAUCACAUCUUACCAAAAAUACUGCCAGUGGCUCAAUGCAGACGUGCUUUCCUCUGUUAUUUCCACACAGGACAAUUAACCAGUGUUUCCUAGUCAGUGUUUCAGCCUAUAUUCACCUUUUAACAUUUUAAGUGCUCAUAUGCGAAUUUCUACCAGUGUUUUGAAGAUUAACUGAAGGCUUUGUUGUCGCAGUCCCCAAAUCCCUCCAGUGCUACUGAAUUCAUUCAAGUGCCAGUUUCAAUUUCAACCUAACUCUAAUAUACCUGCAAUUUGGCAUAAGGCCACCAAUAUAAAGGGGUGGGAGGGGCGUGAUUUGUAUUCCUGUGUGCUUCCGCAAAAACUUUAUAUGCGCUUAAGACAUCCGUCUGGAGAAUACAUCACAAGUCUUCCACUACCUACAUUUCAUGCUUUUCGGAAAUGCUCUCUGGAGUUAUGCCUGGGGCGGCAAAAACCACAGGCUGGAAGUAGUUUUCUGAAUUAGUUAAGAUUGGCUCUGCUGUACUGAAUUUUGGUAAAAUGCCUUCCAGAUUACGAUCCCAUCCUUGAGGACGAUGAUCUUGUACUAACACCAGUGCCCAUUCUGCCCCUGUUGAUGGCCUGGAUUCUCUGGUUUUGCAUCCUCUUCUUCAACGCCCUCUUCGUAGCCUACCUCAUCAAACAGAAUUCCCUCUACAGAAUAACCCAGAUGCAGGUUAUGAACCGAAGACGGACCGGUGGGACAAGACUGAACCGAGUAAGUAAACGCAUAGGGCGAGGACAUUUAAAUGUUCGAUUAGCACAGGCGUUUAUUUUUGGUUGAAAGCGGGUCCCUGUUCUCUUACCGAAGAUAUUUUGGUCAAACAGAUGUGAGUUGCUACAUCACUCAUGUCUUGUAGCCUGUCGAUCACAAAAGAGCAACGCUACAAAACACUAAUACGGCCAACACAUCUAACUUAUGUACAGCUGAACGUGUUUUCAUGCCGACAUCAACUACGGGCUGGUGUAACGAUGAAACAUUGUACUUUGAAGAAAGUUAUACGACCCCCGAAAAAUAAUGUUGUUAGUUCGACGUUUCUGACUCACACUUAGAGCCAUCAUCGGGACAGCAAAACAGCAACAACGGCAGUGGCAACAACCAUAACAACAAUAAAACGACUGGCAAAACAGGUUGAAGAACUGGCUUGCCGUGUUAUGUUGCUUUUCAAGUGUGAUUAUAAUGUUGUCUUACUGGGCCAGAAGAUUCCUCAGUUAGUCGACCUGUUGGUCAAUGCGGAAUUGGUUCUCUUUGCGAAAAUAGUGAAUGUUGAGUCUUGCUGUCCAGGAUCAGUUGUCACCAACACGUGCUUCCGGCAUUGCUAAAAACAUCUGCUGUUCCGAAGUUCAAACAACGAUUGUAAUGCUAGUAGUAGUUACUUCGAAGUUUUUGUGCUAUAUUGGGAUUCGCCGUUUUAUAUAAGGUAAGGAAACCUAUUAUUCCUGUGUGCUAAAAGAUGUUCACCUCUAAUUCGUGGUUAAAUUGGGACAUGCAAAUUACCUCAUGUCUUAAAGUUAUGGCAGUUCCUCAAGUGAGGCUGUGUGAGCAUAUAAAUGAGGUGUUGCUUUGUAAUUUGACUUUACUCAAACGCCAAAUUUUCGAAUUUGUACCCGAGCGUCAGGUGACCAACCUCGAUUACGCAGACGCGAAGCAGUGGCGGCCUGCAACAUGUAUUUCCGUAGGUGAAUUGAGGUCGCUCAAUCGGUCGGUUUACUCAUCAACACUGGGAUGACUACAAAUCCCUCGAUUUGCAUUGCGGCCAACGUGCUAAAGUGGACGGUUUCAAAUGUCCGUGGACCCAUUUGCUCCCGAAUGAAUCGAGUAAGGAUGACAAAUUCGUCAGAAAAGAUACUGCUCGUAGGAUAAGAAAAAACCUUGGAAGGUGUCUACGGGAUCUGUAGUGAUAUCCUUCUCACAGCAAGGACCCGAAUGCACAGGGUAGUGGUCAGAUUGGUCUCCCUAGAUGGAUGCGAAUUCAAAGCUACGUGUAUUAAAAUCCAAACUUAGAUUGUAAAUGCCCGUGAACACCGUUGUCCGGAGAACAUACCUUGAGUAAUAUACAGGUCUUCAUCGUAUAUGAAACGGCUCGUAAUUUCUGCGACAACAUCGCGAUUAUAAAGGACGUCAUCGAAUAGUGAUGACUGAGGUGCCUUGAGCAAGUUCUUCGACGUCCACGCUAUGAGUCUAGUGUUGUCGUCGUCGAUCCUGCGUCGAAGAUAGAACCAGUUCAAAACCAGGUUUAAAGCAAUCUUUGAAGGCAUGGAAAGGGUCUGUAGACCUCUGGUGUCCCGACAUCACGGCUAAAGAAGAGUCGGUCUUGCAUUCGAAAUUGUUUGCUGCAGAAUAUCCCGCGCAGGGAGACAAAAACAGAAAACUCCAAAUUACCUGUUUGUGCGUUAGGGAAUCAAAUUUGAUUUUUAUCCUGAUCUUCACUAAAAAGUGAGAUACAAGACAGUCGCAUUGGUUCACAAUGUUCACCAGAACAUGCAACAAACGAAGUUGACAGGUGGUCUUGGCCUCUAUAUACACGUCAAUUUUUGUUUUUGAAACUUUACAAAAUACUACCCGUAGAAUUGUUUGUCGAUUCCAUAUUCGACCCUCUCAACAAAGGUCUCGGUAAUAGAAAUUGUGCAGAAGUCCUAUUAUAGAACUCGCAAAGUCUGGCUUCUGCUAAACCAUUGAGCCCUUUGACUCUGUUAAUAGAGGUGGACUAGGGAACACGCGGGUGAAGAAGUUACAGACGAAUCAGGAUAUUUGGAUAAGAAAUUCAGAAGGAAUAGUAGUGGUGUAGGAUCUUAUAUCCAAAAUUAAACUUUGUCAUGAUUCGCUCAAUCAGGCCGUGAAAAGGAUAGUGUAAGAAAGAAUGAGGCACAAAUGCUAAUUGUGUAGAAAAAGGGACUGAUGAAGACGACUUUGACAGAAAAAAGCCUAUUGACCGGCCGUGGUAUACGCCAUGCAUCCAAAUUCCUUUUUUUCUCUGUGUCACCAGAUUGACUAGCAUCUGGUUAAGCAUUCACACUAAAUUACCUCAUUAUGCAGUUUCAAUCUUUUAAAGAGAAUUUGUAGAUCAACACACAUUUGACAACGUGACAUCUGAGUUCUAUGUGUUAUUGAACCUUCAGCGAAUGGAGAAUCUGCCAUUUGUUUACAUCCAAAGAAGCGAACUGGACGGCCAGCUUUUCCGACGCCUGAGAUUGCUCAUUGAUCUCUACAGCGGAUUUCUCGAGUUGGGUGACAGGUGGUUUCUACUCUGGACAAUGAACGUGAGUUCGAAAAUCUAAAUCGAAAUCGGUUUCACUGGAUAGUUUAAGAUAGUCCGUAGUAUCACAAGGAUAAUUGAUGGACGAAUAAUAGAGGUAUAUGAGGUUUGAUUUAAAUGCAAUCUGCAGUACAUCACCCAGGUAGCUUGGAACUUAUUUUGUUACCGAUCCCGUCUUGUGAGCGCGAUUUGGAAUUCCUCACCAGUCUCCCGGGUGUUUUGGAAGCAUGAGUCAGCCCACUGAUGGGGUAACUUGUGAACGACCUAUUCGUAAGUUGCGCCUACUUGAGCCCUAACCUACGUAUUUGUUCGGAAACCAUGGAAUAGAAUUUGGGAAACUAACUGUUCAGUCGUUAUCAUUUAGUCAUUUAACUGCAAAAAUUUCGUUUGGGCAACUUCUGAUCAUUUUGGCGACUGCGAUAUCAAAUUCUGUGCAGAGCUGUUCUGCGAACUCAGAAAUAUGCUUGAAGCAUGAGAAAUCACACCAGUCUUAGUGGACAUCUUCGUUAGGCCCCUACUCAAUGGGUAAAAAAGUAGGCAUAUACAAAUGCAUUCUUUAAAAUGAGCUAAAUGACCGGCUGCCAAAAAAGCUCGGGAAUUCAGACAAACACAGGCUAGUUCCGACGUUUGAUCCCUCCAUUUUCGUCUAGCAUGAUUUCCUGAUUUCGAUCGCAGUAGUUUGUGUUGGCAAAUAUCGAUGUAUAUGAAACGAAACUAGCCAUUGUCAACUUUCCUGUAGAAAAAAGAUAUUCGUCUGAAACUACUCAAACACUUCCGGGAUUUUCUUGAACAAGGAGAAAGAAUUGGCCGACGUAAGUCACUUGUUUGUUCGCUGAAUUGCAUUGUUUGUAUGAAAAUGUAGUGAAUUGAUGGCUAUUAUAAUGAAAAUCGACGUUACUUUUCCGCACAGUCAAUAACUUGCCCUGGACUGUCCUAGAUUUCUGGAAAUCAAACCAAAAAAAUAACAGGAGGGAGAAUGCGCCAACGAAGGUUUUAGUAAAAGGUUUCUAGAAAUGCAACUGCAGGCGAAAGGCGCAAAAAGUCGAUUAUUCGUGCUAAACCUUUAUCGCGCGUCUUGCGUACGUUCGAAGUGGCAGUCAGUGAAUGGGAUUUUAAGUAACUACGACUAAACGAAUCAUGAAAAGUGAUAUAUUUUGCAAAAGUUUAUGCCUUGAAACACAAAAGUGGUCUACGGAAGGGGAAAGAGUGGACGACAGACCGCUUUCAAAACUCAUCGGGCAGUGGGAUUAUUCUCGAUGCUAAGAUUAGGAAAUGAUAUAUAAUUGAUCUUACUCUACCUUUUGAAAGUGGUUAAAGAAUCAUUGACUCCGGAAGUUUAAUUAUCAAAUUCUCCAGAACAAAGGUAGGUGGCCUAACCCAGCGCAGCUCCUACUAUGUUUCUAGCUAGUGGAAAGUAAGCAGACUUUUAGCGUACAGAACGCCUUCCGCUUUAAUGUCGAAAAACGGGCAAAUGCUUAUGCCGAGUACAGUUAAAAAGGAUGAAGAUGGGGUCAAAAAGACCGAAGGCGGGGCCGGGCGCAGGUGGAUGGCACGGUCGAUCUCGCACCUUGGCGCUCCCCUCCCCACCUCCUGUUCCACAAAGCAAAUCACCGGGAAUUUGACGAGAGACAACAACAGGGGGGACGGCGGUAGGCAUUCCAGUGUGUGCAACGUCUGCCGGCAACUGAGUAUGCCACCGCGGGGACAAGACAGUUCGACCGUCGGUUUCGACAGUGUUCACCGUGUGCUCCACAGCAGGGUGGGAGCAGGCACGGUGACUGAAGCAUCUACCACACCCCCUCCUCCCCCACAUGGACCCGGUGCCAAGACAGUCAAGAAGACCGGAGACGCGGGAGAGCGCAGGUGGAUGGCACGGUCGAGCCGGCACCUUGGCGUUCCACUCCAUAUGCUCUAGUUCACACAAAAAAUAAUUAGGUUCUUAAUCAACAAAAACAAAGAGAGUGGAGGCUGGAACGGCCGAAAUCGCAUUUAGACAUGCCGCCCACGUCCGUCUCGGAUCCCACGCAGUGGGAGCGCCAUGAAGGCCACAUUAAGAAGGAGUUACCGCAGCCUGACUCUCAGACCACCAGCCAGCACUCCGCACAAACACAUAAUACUGGGCCGAAUGCAAGGUCCAAGUUAUCCCGUUAGUUGGCAACCUUCCAAACAACGGCUUUUAGCGCACCGUGAUAGCUUCAUUGGCGAAUGCCUAUCUGCGAGAAAAAAAAGCGUUAAUUGGUGUCGCGUUCCUUUUGAAGCUUUCACUCAUGUCGUCUGAGAUUAGUCUUUGGUGUCAUUUCAGAAAGAGUUUUCCAGUUGACAGCCAGGUAAAGUUCUCUUAGAGACUUAAACGUUGCUAUAAGGUUACCUCUGUCAUGCUAGCAGUUCAGGGGAGAGAUAUUCAAGGCGGUCAGGCGCUGCUCGUACGCAAAAAUACCCAGCUUUUGUAGCACGCCGCUGUACACAUUCAAGGAUACAUCCAUGUGUUGGAAUUACAGGUAGACGACCUCGUCUGUUAGUUCUACAUUAUGAUGGCGACCCUGGAAACCGUGCCUUCAGUGUAUUUUCAAUAAUUAACUAGAGGUGAUGAGCAGUGUGGGAAAUUUAUAAUUAUCAGGUUAGAAGCAUAUUCACGUCAGUGUAUCUGUUGUUAUUGCACUGAUGUUUCCAGUCUGAAAUAAUUCUCACUUCCAAAUAACUAACUUUGAUGACACCUAGUUUUCCAUGCGAUAACCAUAAAAGGUGACACCUGUCCAAGGGUUCUUCUGAUAUUAACAAUUAGAUAAAAAUAAGUUCCAUUGGCGAAUGACCCUCUGUGAGAAAAAGGAGGAACGUUGAUUUGUGUGGCACAGUUCCUUUUUAAGCUGGUAAUCAUGUCGUCUGAGAUUGGAUUUGGGUGCCAUUUCAAAAAACGUUUCCCAGUCGACAUCCAGAUUAAGUCCUUUUACCAACUGGAACGUUGCUAUGAGGUCACCUCUGUCCUGCCUGUAGUGGAGGGGAUAGAGGUUCAAGGCCGUCAGGCGCUGCUCGUACGUGAAGUUUUUGAGGCCAUGAACAGCCUUUGUAGCACGCCGUUGUACACCUUCAAGGAUAUCUAUAUCCUUCCGAAGCCACGGCCGCCAAGCCUGUACCGCAUAUUCCAGGUGCGGCCGCACAAAUGUCCCGUAUACUUUGCCAAAGACAUCUUUAUUCAAGUGAAUAAACGUACAAAAUACAUUACGCAGAUAUCCACCGUGAGCGUCUGGAUGUUCUUCCAGCGAGAGUGCGAAUUUCCUUUAUUGAAAGUCGGAAGAUCAUCGCGCAGGAUUUAGCUUAGAAUAGCACAAAGGGUUAUCUUAUGGCGGCCUCCCCGAAUAGAAGCGUGAGAAAUAGAGCCCUUCCUUGAUCUUCCUAUAUGCGCCGUUUUAAUCCUGCUGCUUCCUAUUUUUCGUAAAUUUCAUAUCGGCGGCAGCCAAACAUGCCGGGCAAAUUGAAAUGCGUCAUUUUAAAAAGAGACAUAAGACUUUCCCCGAAUUCGGGGACUGCUAAGUACAUUGUUAAGGACUUAUUAAGUCUACGUUUGAACCUCAGCAGUUUAUUCUUCUUUUAGCGAGCGUUCGUCAAGAAGGAAGGUCACGUAAGUUCUGUCCAUCUAAAUAUGCCCUUUUCUGGCGAAUUUUGACCGCGCAACCGUAUUUGCCUAUGAGCCCGCCCGAUUUGUCCUAACUGCAGAACAUAAAUGAAGAUAUUCACCUUACCUUAGAACUGGUGGUCCAUGAACCUCAGAUGCGGUCACAUGCUGAUUAGUAUUCAUCAACUGAAAUGCAUUUAUCGAAUGAGAUAAGGGGCAUGGAAUGGCCAUGCCUCCCCUCUUCUAAUUUAUCAAUACUUUCUUAACCCCGGGCUGCAUUACCGCUACCAGGAUAGACCAGGGCCCACUAUAUUCAUGUGACGAACCGUUCGCGAUCUCAGCCGAAACAUUACGAGUUCGGUAGUAGAGUAGUUGAGCUAGUGGUUGACAAUCGCUUGACUGGGGUUGGAACCCUGAGUGUGUAUUGUGGAGUUGGCUUCUCACCGGCCGACGAUAACAAAUAAGUCAAAAUGGUCAUUAUUAUGUCCCCUUUUCUCGACUGUGAGCAGGAAAUGGCAGCACCACCCCACAACUUUUCGAAAAAUGCAAGUGCACAGCACGUGAAUGUUUGUAUGAGAUGGACAAGUGAAAUUACGAUGACUGGGAUUCCAGUGUUGACACUUGUUUUCAAUAUUAAUAUUCCAAUUUUAGCAUCACUUUUUUUCUUUUUUCAGGCUACGUCCUCUCCACCUAUUUGAAGACGGGCAGUACCUACACACCAGCUGGACAGUCCUCAAACUUUGGUCCAAAAAGUGCUGUACCUCGUGCUUCAGUGAAGAAGUAG